AUGAUUGGUCUUUUGCAGAGUUACCCAUCGCCACGAGGAGAACCAAAAGGUGUUAUCGUUAAAUACAUGAUGGGAUUGCCAAUGAUUCUGCUCAUCAUUUUCCUGGUUUGGUGUCCGUUACUGGCGUUCUCAUUGAUGAAUCGGAUAGGUGAUAUUUCGAUUCCUGACCGAGUACGGCUAACAAUGUCGCUGGAAGGUUACCCGCCCCUGUAUGAGAUUGAAGCCCAAGGAUCCGAACUGCGUCCCAUGACAUCUGACGAGUUGAAGUAUUUGACCGAUACAAUGAGUCGAAGGUAUUUCCCAUCUACGAACAGUACCGAUUCUAUGAAGCGGUCACGUGAUAGUGUAUCGUUUUUGAAAGAGUAUUCAACCAGCGAUAUAUUGGUGGUCAAUUUCCGUCCCGAAUCUGAAGUACCGUGGGGAAUUUCAGAGGCGUCUCGUAAUGCAUUGAUCUGCUUAGUUUUAGAAUGUGGGUCGCGCAAACGGAACAUCCAUCUCAGUACACAAACGUCUACUUCAACGCGUCUCAAAAUCACUUAUGGAACGGAUCGUGAGCGCACCUACGUACAAACCAUAGCGUUUGUCGACAAAGCGUUCCCGUCAUUUUUCGCCAAAUAUCUGCAAGGAGGUGUGAUUGCGAUGUACAUCUCGUUGGUGAUCGUUGUGGGUCGUUUGAUUCGAGCAUUGUUCACUCAUUCACCGACGGAAGUGAUGAUAACAGAAAUUCCAAAUCCGGACUUCUUACUGAAGAUCUGUCUCGACAUCUACCUUGUCAGGGAGGCUAAGGACUUCUUCCUAGAACAG